UUAGUAUGAACUACUAUUAAUAAAUAAAUUGUUUCCUUUUUAUAGGUGGAUGGUCAUACGAAUAAUAAAUUACAUAGCAUGCAAUUUAAAAAAUAUCCAAUUAGCAAAGCGAUAUUCAUGAAGGAAGGAACAGAAAUUUUGCUUGGUUCCCAAUAUUAUCCGUAUUAUCAUACUUACGAUUUAAUGAAUGGCAAGACAUAUAAAUUCUCUUUGCCACACAGGAUUACAAAUAUGAAGCGUUACGAAGUAUCCCCUGAUGGCAAAUUAAUAGCAUUGUGCGGAAGAUUGGGCGAGAUAUAUUUGUUACAUAGUUUUACUAAAGAAGUUGUUGGUACAUUCAGAAUGAAUUCGAAAUGUAGGGUACUAGCAUUCACGCCAGAUAAUAAAACACUUAUCUCACACGGUGAUGGCAGUGAAAUGUAUAUAUGGGAUUUGAAUACUCGCACAUGCAUAAAUCGUGCCAUAGAUGACGGAAGCUUAUCUUGUACAUCACUCGCCGUAUCUCCGAGCGGACAGUUCGUAGCCACAGGUAGUGCACAGGGCGUAGUUAAUCUCUAUGAUAUGAAAACUGUGUUGGAGGAUCAAAGUCCCGCGCCUCUAAAAAUUUGGAUGAAUCUUGUGACUAGGGUUACAAGCCUGAAAUUUAAUCUGACCUCCGAGAUACUGACUGCGGCGUCAGUUGACAAAUACAACGCAUUUAGAAUGAUGCAUCUACCAUCGUUUACCGUAUUCUCAAAUUUUCCAACGCUUCAGACUAAUAUAGGCAUGUCGCAAACGAUUAAUUUUUCUCCCGGUAGUGGUUAUCUCAGUAUUUCGAAUAGAACGGGUUCUGCCUUACUGUACAGAUUAAGACAUUAUGGAAAUUAUUAA